AUGCGGAACCAAAGUACAUCGUCAGAGUCCUUUCCCCCUAAACCCCGCAAGUUCUACAUCCAAAGUCAGUUCGGCCACCCUAGGACUCCCAGGAGUCGCAAAAAUCGACCGUGCGACGCCUGCCGGAGGCGGAAAACCGCGUGCAUUAUUCCGGACAAGCCACCAUGUCUAUCCUGUAAGAGCAGGGGAUUUGAUUGCAUCUCUUCGUCUGGCGCUGGUCCAACUGCCAGUAGCCCCCACCCUGGAUCAGAUGCGAGUGCAUCAGAUUCUCAGCCUCUAUUCAGCGUCAACCAGGCUAGUUCAACCCCUGUGCUGCCGAUUUCCAGAAUCCUGAAUCAGAAUCUGGACCCUGGCUCGGCGUCAGUGACCGCAGAUGGGUUGUUAGCUCCUACGCAGGGUAUCUCGCCGCGAGACCCUGCUGCGGUCCCUGCGACCUACACUCUAGAAGACAUACCGACUAAAACAGCCCAUUGCAUGGGUCCAACAGCCGAGCAGGACACUUAUCUCUUAGACGCCUUCCGCUCCGUGAUCAUGAGCGAAGAAGAAGUCGAUGCUGACAUUAUCCAAGUAUACUCAGGCGACCGUGGCUCCAACGAGGAUCCCGUUCAUUUCCUAUUACUGCAAGACGAGUUCCCCGAACAUACUAACCGCGCCAUGGAAGCAGCGUCGCAUGGCAUCGAAUCCACCGUAUGGCCUUAUGGCCCAGAUCUGGUGCGGCUUUUCUUCCGGCACAUCCAUCCCGUGUAUCCCAUUGUGUCCAAGGUGCGCUUUCUUCGCCAAUAUAUCCGUGCCAAGGAGGAGAUACCCACUUCCCUGCGAGGAGCCAUAUACGCGCUGGCAUGUGUCUUCUGGAAUUGCGAUCCUUCACUACGCAAUCGUCGGUCAUUUGUGCAACACGAGCUUCUAGACCAUGCACAUUCCGCUCUUCGGCGUGAGUUGGAGUCACCCAGUCUGUUCAAGCUGCAAGCCUGUCUACUGCUACUUCACUUACGACCUCCGGAAAUCGACAGCGUCGAGACACCAAGCACGUGGAUCUUGACCUCGCAGGCCGUCGCCUGUGCGCAGAUGAUGGGUCUCCAUCGAGAUCCCCGACCAUGGAAUAUCGUCUCAUCGGAGAAGAAGCUUCGUAAGAAGCUUUGGUGGGCAACGUACGUUACCGACUGCUGGUCCUCUAUAAGUCAUGGAAAUCCACCACAUAUCAGCGCAGACUCCUUCGAUACUUCUCCUUUAGAUAUGGAGGACGUACGGUUCGACGAAGAUGUCCCAGACGACCUGUCAUCUCUCGUGGAUUCCUCAGAUACAAGCUUCCGGGUGGUCGAUGGUGCUCGAUUCAUGAAAACGGUCGAAAUUGCUCAAUGUCUACGGACUGUUUUAGAUUGCUCAUUCCAGAUAAAACCAACUCGGGACCCUACAAUACCAUCCCCAAAAGCACAGCUGAUCCGGGCAAGACAUACAUUAGUAGAUUGGCUCAAUCUUCUACCGCAAGCCUUGGGGGUUGGAUCAGCAGGGGGGCCUUUGAACCUCCACAAUAAUAUCCCCCUCCAUCUAUCAUACUACGCAGCUCAAGUUCUCCUCUUCCGAGCCCUAAUGCAUCCAGCCACCAAAGAGGCACGGGUAGACCCGGAAUCCAACCUACGACAAUGGUUCUCUGCAGCGCUAGACGAGUUCAAGUCUUUCACUACUUUUAUGGAUUCUCUCUGCGGGGAUGAUCUGGGAUGUUUCUGGCCGCGACAUACGCGAUCGCAAUUAAUACUCUGUGGAAAUUUCCUCAUCUACAUGUUCCUACUCGCGUACACCCCGCACGACAUCGAAGCCGCAUAUCGAUUACUAGAGAGCUUCCAACAGUCCCUACAACGUCUGGAGACCGCAGAAAGUAUCGAUGGGAGAUUAGUUCUCCGCCCAGUCACGCUACGGAUUAACUCUUUUUUCGCGCAAGCUUCGGAUUUACUCAAGGGGGCGAGUUCGAGCUCAACCUCGAUCGGUGUGAAUGUGAAUACCCCGAUGACGCCUAUGUAA